AUGGUAGCUAGUGGGGUCCAACGGUUCGAUGGGUCUAGGAUAUACCUCAAUAAACUGGGUGGAGAUGGGGGCAGCAAUGAUCCAAAUGAGCUCACCUUCGCGGACAUUAUUGGAGAUAAGACUACAAUCAAGGCCGUGUUCCUAAGCAGCUUUGGAUGCGAUAUCGAAUGGCUUCUGGAACACUUCGCCUUUGGUACACCGAUUGUACUCGUGGAUGACUAUGAUAGGAAGCGUGGUGCAAUGGCAGAGAUACAGCAACCCUUUGGAGAGGUGUGGUCUCAGAUGAAGAUCGUACAUCCCUAUUUCGAGACUGGUGGCCUCUAUGAUAGUGGUACUAUGCAUGCUAAGCUUAUAAUCAUAGAACGAGCACAAGCUCUUAGAGUAUGCAUUAGUAGCAGCAACCUGACUCCUCAAGACUGGGAAGGUGUGAGCCAAUGCAUUUGGGUUGCUGAUUUUAAAGCGGCUAAUGAUUUCGAGGCACCUGCCAGGAAGAGGGUCAAACCUGAUCAUACAUCCGACUUUGGAGAUCAGUUGGCUCGGUUCAUCGAGACAUUUUUCCGUUCCAUUCCAGACUCUUCAUCCCUAUGGAGCUAUUGGGUAAAGGUUUUGACUGGCUCGAGGUUCAAUGUGAAGCUCCCUAAGGGAGUAGAACUCAUUGCUUCAGCACCUGGCUACUGGAAAGGGAGACGAUAG